AUCUCAAUAAACAUAUUCCACGGAUCUGAAGCCACUAAUAAGAAUUACAAUAUCUAUUAACAGUUAACUUGAGGUAAACAGAUUGGAAAUCACCUAAAAUGCAUGCAGUUUUCAUUAAAGUGGUGCUCGUAGCAAUAUUGAGCAAUUUUGUGAUGUCAUUAACAUACUAUGAACUGAACAAAUUGUUACAAGAUGGCCUGAUUACACAGGAACAGUUUGAUGUUGCAUUGGACGCCUUGAGUCUGAUAAAACCUAAUCUUCAAGGAGGACGAUAUGACUUCCCGUUGCCAGAGGAGAUGGAAUUCAGAUGUCUAUGCACAAACUGUGGUGAUAUUAAGCAGAAGGCUCAAGAGGCUGCAAUUGCAAAGAAACUGAGGAAAAUGGCAAAGAAAAAGGAAAAGGGAAAAAUGUCUACUUAAAAAUGCAUCUUAUUUCACAAAGAACCUUUAUUGACUUGAUACUCAAGUUCGAAAGAACUAUGGCAAUGGGCAGCUUAACAAUUCCUCAUAUUCUCAUGUAUUGGUCCUGUCCAAUAAAUAUAAAAUAUAACAUUACUCACUGUUAUGCAAUAUUUAUAAUAAUUUUGUUCGGAAAUAAGAUAUCUCUAUUCAACGUAUAAAAGACCAGAUCUAGAAACCUAGCGUCUAGUUCAUACUAUCACACCAAACUAGUUCUCACUACGUUCUCGAAACGGACACCAAACCAGUUCUACAAUUAGAACGAGUGACAACGUACUAACGACGAGCUGGACGUACUACGAAC